AUGGCUAGUUUAUCAGUUGAUAUUCGCAUUUGUACUGCAAAUAAUGAGAUAGUUAUUGAUGAUAAUUGUACAUCAAUUCAUAAGUAUUAUGAUACUACAAAGAAAUAUAAAAGUAGAGGAAUGUUAUGCAAGCCUGAGACUAAAUGGUUGAACAAUUUGAAUUCGCAACUCCAAAAUAUGGAGAUAUACACGGACAACCUGACCAUUCUGACCAUGCUGAUUGACCAGUGCAGUGGUGAUAUCAUAGCACUGACCAAAGAUUUUUCACUCAGUUCUAACACAAAGUUAUCAUCAUCUACGUCUGUCUAUGAUGUGGUAGUGGCGCCAAAUUUCCUCGUCCUAUCUUACAAUGACGUCAGCGUGAUAGAGAUGCUAUCGUUAUCAUCGGCAAGGAUUGAUGAGGAUAAGAUGAUAAGAAUGAUGAGGAAGAAUGGCGGGAAAGUAAAACCAAACUCACUUUUCUCAUCAUUUCUACAGAUUUUGGCAUGGAACGCGGCGGGAACUGUCCAAAUUUAUUUUCCUGGAAGUUUCUUCAGUUCGGACACCCUGCUUGCAGUUGAAUCCACCUCCUCUCAGUCACAUGUUUGCAAGUACAACUUCCAACAGGCCAAACUGACCUGCUUUGCUGUGAUUGGUCGACUGACGAAAAUAGAAUAUGCCUGGCCAAUAAGAAUUCAGAAAUCUUCCUCAUUAACAUUAACGGGGGUGUUGUUAGAAGCAGUAAAAGUUCUCUGGUUCGUGCUGAUAAGUUCAGUGAGAUGGUAUUCCAACAAUAGCAUCAUCAUCGCCGUCAGCGGGAAUGGAGAUAUGCAGUUUUACGACAUUGCACUGAACACAUUACAAGUCUUAUUCAAUGGAGCGAAUAUGGAGCGUUUAACGCUACCAUCAUCAGUAUUACCUAAAUCUGCUAACAUGUCCUCUUUCGAGCUAAACACUAAACAUCCUCAACAACAAAACAAAAUUUCAGAAUUUGUUGAUGCGGCUGUUCUAGCAAUGGAAAACGGCCCAGUGGUGAUGGUGAUGAUCUCGAAAGGAAUUCUCGGUCAUGAUAAUGAUUCCAGGCAGAUUUUCAACAACUACAUUCGAUGUGGGAUGAUCAACGAAGCUCUGGAACUCAUUCACUCGCUGGAUUGGUCCUUCGAACCAUCAUCAAUGUACUACUGCCUGUCAUCAUUCAUCCAUCAUCUACUCAGUUCAUCAUCUGUUAAUGAUGACGUCAUCGCUCUUGUCCAAUCAUGUUUGAGCAAGUUUUACUCGCCAGCCAAUAAAAUUCCGGAAUUCGUGGCCAUUGAAUAUGGCAAGCCAAUGAACGAUUUGGCAAGAAAAUUUUUUCGAUUUUUACUGAGCGCCAAAGCAAACGGCGAAACGGCACUGGCGGAUAGCAGUCGGAGACGAGGGUUUGAACUUGCGGAGAAUGACUUCGGAUUCAAAGAUUUCGAGCCGGACGACCGAGAUGACGUCCAAUCUUUGGACUCUAUGGACAAUGUUGACGACGAUGACGAUAAUUAUGGCGAUAAUUAUUAUCUAAAUUAUGACGAUAAUAAUUAUAAUUAUGGUAAUAAUUACGAUAAUUAUAAUCAUAAUUAUGGUAAUAAUUACGCGACUGAUGAUGACGAUGCUUACAAUGAUGACGUUGUUGUUAGUCAAAUGAGUAGAAUUCUAUUAAGAAGCGAGAGUUUGAAGCAAGUAUUGAAACAGCAAGAAGCAUAUCUCAGCAGCAACGAGAAAUAA